UUCAACUAACCCACAACAUUAAUUUUGACCUUGAUAUUUAAUUUACUUUUUCGAGGGUACUAUUUAUGUGUUACAGAUGCGUGUAUAUCCUUCUCGAAUAAUUCGUCUCAUUGCAGCCUGUCUACUCUCUCUGUUAUUUAUAGCUUUGAUAUAUCAUAAUUAUUCGAAUAGAGUUCCUUCUGCACAUAAUUCUGCAAACCAACCAAUACAAAAUUCAGGUUUUGAAAGUGAACAUGAUAUAAAGUCACUUCGAAUUGACUGGGAAAACUACUCACUGACUGCGCUUGAAAGCUCGAGAGUGGGACCUGGAGAGAAUGGGCUGCCUGUCAAGUUAUCUGCUCUCGAACAAAAGCUAUCUGAUAAAACCAAAAAUGAGAACGGUUUUAGUGUAUAUGUCAGUGGAAAAAUCAAAAUUGAUAGGUCUAUAAAAGAUAUUCGCCAUCCACGCUGUAAAGGAAAACUGUAUUCCAGUAAACUUCCUACUGCUUCUGUGAUUAUUCCUUUUUUCGAAGAACAUUGGGAAACACUUCUUCGUACAGUCUCAUCCGUUCUGAAUCGAGCUCCUUCAGGACUAAUAAAGGAGGUGAUUUUAGUUGAUGAUGGAAGCUCGCGAGAAUAUCUUAAGGAUAAACUUGACAAUCACAUCGCGACCACGUAUCCGGGUGGUUUAGUGCGUGUGAUUCACCUGGCACACAGGGGAGGUCUUAUUCAGGCUAAGACAGCAGGUGCCAAAGAAGCUACUGGGGAAGUACUCAUAUUCCUGGACUCUCAUUGUGAAUGUGGGAUAAACUGGCUCCCACCGCUGCUAGAUCCGAUUGCUGCGAACUACAGAACAGUUGUCUGUCCAUUUAUUGAUGUGAUAGAUGCAGCCAACUUUGAAUAUCGUGCACAAGAUGAAGGUGCUCGUGGGGCAUUUGACUGGGAGUUGUAUUACAAGCGCCUCCCACGACUGCCGGAAGAUAGAUAUCAUCCUGAAGAACCUUUCGACAGUCCAGUAAUGGCAGGAGGUCUGUUUGCUAUUAGUGCAAAGUGGUUCUGGGAACUUGGAGGUUAUGAUCCUGGUCUUGUGAUUUGGGGUGGAGAGCAGUAUGAAUUGUCUUUCAAGAUUUGGAUGUGUGGAGGACGUAUGAUAGAUGUCCCAUGUUCUAGAAUAGGACAUAUAUAUCGUAAGUAUUCAACAAACUUCCCUAAAGCGGAGCUCGGCGACUUUGUUGGUCGCAACUACAAACGUGUAGCAGAAGUUUGGAUGGAUGAAUAUAAAGAGUAUUUAUAUAAACGGCGUCCAAAUUACAGGCGUAUAGAUCCUGGUGACUUGACUGAGCAGCGAAAAAUACGAGAGCGACUUAAAUGCAAGUCAUUCAAGUGGUUUAUGACAGAAAUAGCAUUUGAUUUGGUUAAAAAGUACCCGUUAAUAGAACCAAUAUCUAAGGCUGUUGGAGAGAUUCGAUCAGUUGCCGACUCAUCCUUAUGUCUGGAUGCGACAGGUGCAGAUGAAAAUACUGCAGUUAAAUUGCGGCCUUGCACCAAAGAUAAACCUGAUGCCAGUGGUGUUCAAAAUUUCGAAUAUAACUACCAUGAAGAUAUUCGAGUUAUGAAUCGAGGAUCUUGUUUAGAUGUACCUGAUACAAAACCCAAAGCUCCAAUAGUCUUAUAUCAAUGCCAUGGUCAAGGUGGCAAUCAACAAUGGAAAAUAAAACCAAGCAAUCAUGAUAAAUCAAAUCCUUUACAUUUGGCUCUUGGAUCUAGAGGUGUUUGUUUAGAUUCGGAUCCAAAAAAACAGUUAGUUUUUGUGAAACCAUGUGAUUAUAGUUCACCUACUCAAAGUUGGACUUGGGAAAAAUUACAAUUUGAUAUAGCUGAGAAAUCAAUGAAAGAAGCUGGUCUGUAGCAUUUAAAUUUUUUGCAAAUUUAUAAUUUGAACAAUGGAAACUAUUGUGAACUUUUCUGUCAUUCUCUUUUUCUGUGAUAUAUUUAUGUGUAUAAACAACUUAUAUUUGAUUGCUUGUAUUUUUUCCCUUUGAAUUUUAUACAAAUAUUUUUCAAUAAAAGUUUGUCUUUCGUAGAUA